UUCUCGCCACGUGAACACAAUGAUCGCUAAGCUGUUAGUAGUGCUGGGGGUGGUGGCCGCGGCUACUGGUGACAGGCGCCCCUCAUUCUCCUACGGUGCCCCUGAGUUCUCCUCCGAAGAGUCUUUUGAGUCUUAUGAGUCUAGUGAGGCUCAGUACAACUUCAACUACGCCGUGAAGCACGACCCCUCCGGCAACGACUUCGGGCACCAAGAGUCUCGUGAUGGUGACAACACCAAGGGGUCGUACUACGUGCACCUUCCCGACGGUCGUCUCCAGACUGUGACUUAUUACGUGGACGGUGACUCAGGCUACGUGGCUGAAGUCAGCUACCAGGGUGAGGCUCGCUACCCCGACUCAUACGAGUCCUUUGAAUCCUUUGAGUCCAGGGAGGCUCCCCGCUACGCCCCUCCCAGGCCAACCUACGGGUAGUCAAACUGACUUACAGAGAUAACGCGGCUGUGCUGUAGUGAACUACUCAUCCUCCAAAGCUUAUAUUAUAUUGUACAUAUCUUUAUUGAGAAUAUAUUAUGCAAAUAUAAAUAUAUGUAUUCAUAUUUAUCUAAAAUAAAUUAAAUCAUUGAAACAGAA